UCACGGAUGAGUUAUUGACAGACAUGGCAACGUUUGACACGAAGAAGAAGGAUUUUGAUCUGGUGGUUGUUUUAGAAGCUUUUCAGCGAUGUCGCCAGAGCGACGAUACGUUGGUGUUGAGGGAGUACCUAAGGGCGUUCACGGAAAUGUGCAGAUUUUUCAAGCUCACCGGCACAUUGUUUGGUUUUGUUGCGAGGGACUUGGAAGACAAAAUCAGAAUUCUAAACGAGCACCUGGCGGCUGACGAAGUCCACUACGUCACAGUGCAGUCGAUGAUCCAACACGAGGUCGACCAUGACCUUACGAAGGUCAUUAGGGGCAAUCUGAAGUCAGGGUCAAGGACGUUGCUGAGGUUACAUCGAGCUUUGGAAUUUAUUCUGGUUUUUAUGUCUCGAUUAAGGACAGGGGAAGAAAACGAGAAAUCUUCUGUGAUAGCUUCUGAAGUUUAUAACCAGACUUUGUCCCGAUUCAAUACAUGGAUCCUCCGGAAAAUGGCCGGAGUAGCGAUGUACAUGCUUCCCUCGAAAAAGAGCCUGAUUGACGUCAUGUGUAAACAAGACUAUGAAUCCGUUAUGCGCACGCUCGGAGAGGUGGUGACUUCCGGUCAGCCUCUUUAUGACAUCACGCAGAGAGUGUAUGAAGACAAAGAUCUCCUGGAGCUUCCGUAGCCUCUUCACGGAAGAGUUUAACCAGUGACGUUAUAUGUGUUUGUUUUUUGUCGGCAUUGAACCGUUGCCGAUGUUUCUUUGUGUGUAAAAUGUAAUGACAUGAAAGGACUCGGUCGUUCAAAAACAUCUUCUCCAAGUUCGAGGUCAAAGCAAGGCCAGACCAUUAAAUGUGUAUGUAUAUUAAUAAACUCGUAACCGUGUUAUGAAACUUUUUAUGCAGCUUUUUAUAAAAUGAAAGGUUGUGUGCUACAGUAUUAUAAAUUGCAUAUGUUGGGCAACUUCUGUGUUCGCCAGUCUUAACGUUUACGAUCAACGUCACUGUGCUACACAUUACGUCGAUACCUCGUGAUUUUUCCAAACUACUAUUGGCCACAGAGUCUUGAAUGGGUGAGUGAGUAUUGCUAAACGCCGAAUGUCUGGAAUUCCGAGGUGUGGCGAAUGACUAAAUGCGAACGAUUAAUGUUUUGAUUGUCAACUGUUUUCACUCAAGAAAGAAUUAUUUUUCCUGAAUAAAUGGGUUUAUUUUCUUGUA